AUGACACUUAUUUUUUAUGCUGUAUAUCUGAUGCACAGUAAUGUCAUGAUAAUACGUAAAUAAAUGAAUAAAAUAAAUAUUGAAUUCGUAUCGUGACGUCACAUAAUACUAGUAUUAUUGAAAAAAUUGAUAAUUGAGAAAUGUACAAAAUUUGUUGCAUUGUGUAAUACUCGUGUUUAUACUGUUAUGUUCACGCGUCUCUUACUUCCGAUAAUAUUUUUUCGUUUUCUUUAUAGCUUCUGUAUUGUCAUUUUAAUUUACGCUGUAAAACAGUCUUAUAUUUACUCGGUAUUGAACAAAUUAUUAACAUUUACUCAUGAAUGGAAGUGGACGAUUCGUCCGUAAGCCAACAAAAUUACUAAAGACAUAAGAUAUUUUUUCUAACUAUUGAUUUCGUAAUGAAAUGUAAAACCAAAAUUUCGACUUUGCAGAUAAAGUCUAAAUAUGUAAUAAAAAUAUUUUCUUUAAGAUAUAAAUCAGACAAGAUUUUUUUUUACCAAAUACCUUUAAUCGAUAUUUGAUCUAAUGAGAAGUUCGUGAACUAUCAGAAACAAUAUUGAUCUGUAAUCAUCGCUAAUUAUCAUAACAAUAGAUACUAAUAAUAAUUUGAUGGCGAGUUAAUUAUGCCGCUGUGAUGUUUUUAACGCCGGUCGGGGCGUUGACGGCGGCGACUGUACUAGCUCAAUGUUAUCAAAAUCAAUCAAACAAUCUCGUCACAGUUUGCUAAUUCAUUGAGCUGUUUUCAAAAUUUCUGUAGGCAAAAUUUUUCAAAUGGUAUAUAAAGAAAAAAUAUGGAAUUUUUCAUCAUUCACCUUCUGAUCUUAUAUAUUUACAUUCACAAACAGAAAGAAAUAAUAUCAACAAUGCCUCCGCUACCUUCAGAUUUCACUGACGUAACUUUGGCAAGAAACACAAGAACGAGGUUAGAUUUUGGAAUAACUGCAAAUGAUGUGAAAGGACCUGUUAAACGCCAAGCGGAAAGUCUCGAUUUAACCCCUACACUGAAGAGAAGACGAUUUCAUUGCUUCACAUCAACACCCAAACCAGAAGUGACAACUCUUAGCCCAAUAUCGAGCAUCAUACAAGCUGUUGAUAAGCUGUCUACAGAAUCUGACCUUAUUGCAGACGGAUCACGUGUCAAUAUUCUACCCACAAUUCCAGGAAAGCAUAGCGAUCUUAGCGCCAUCUCACCGGAAACGAUGUCUGACGUCCUGGACGGCGUCUACGACAGCAGUGUUGACAAAGUAACGAUUAUAGACUGUAGAUAUCCGUAUGAAUUCGGAGGCGGUCAUAUUAAGGGAGCUGUCAAUUUAUUUACUAAAGAAUCGAUAAAACAAUUCAUCCAAGAAACAGUGACGUCACCAACAAACAACCAUGUUCUCAUUUUCCACUGCGAAUUUUCUUCUGAAAGAGGACCAAAAAUGUAUCGCCACUUAAGGGCUCUAGAUCGAGAUUUGAACAAAGACAACUACCCUCGACUCAACUUUCCCGAGAUUUAUCUCUUAGAAGGAGGUUAUAAAGCUUUCUUCAACACAAACAAGGAACAAUGUUUCCCACAGACGUACAAACCAAUGUUGCACAAGGAACACAGAGACGACUUGCGUCACUUCCGGGUAAAAUCAAAGUCAUGGUCAGCAGGCGACAGACCACGCAAAACGUCAGAUAUUGGCAAGGGACUUCGGCUAAGAUUUUGAUUUGAAAUAGGAUGACUGUGUUCCAUUAAAUAUCAACAAACUGUGC